GCUCUGGAGAGAAAUGCUGGAACCCAUCGUUCAUGUGAGGCCUCUGGAAGGUGGUGAAGUUGACUCUCAGUCUCUGGAUCAGGUCCUCGUGGCUGUAGGGGAAGUGGAGAAAGUCCAGGAUCUUCUCCACUUCUCUGACGGUGUCGUUUUGUAG